ACGUUCAAAGUUAUGUUAUUGUUUCGGACAACACGAGUCCCCAGCUUACCGGGAUAUCAGCUGGUUAGUAUUAAAAUUUACUUUCACUUUCUGAAAAAUACGCACGUGUUUACGCGUCAGAGAAAAUUCGACCGAUACUCGUACGUUACGUUUUUCAUCUUGACAUAGUCGGAUGCGUUCGUAAGAAUCGGUUAUUUCUGGAUUUUUUCUAUUUUAAUUACAGUAAAUACAGUGUUAGGUGUUGAAUAAAAAGUAACAAGAAGUAUGGAGCAUAUCAAAAGUAAAAGUAAUUGUACCAUUAAUGAAUUAGAUGAAUAUUCCUUAUUACAUAUAUGGAGUUAUUUGAAACCAAGUGAUCUCAUAAAUAUAGCAAAAGUUUGUCGCAAAUGGAAACAACUUUCAUUCGAAGCAUGGAAAAAUGUUUCGGCAAGCGAAUUUUAUGCCUUCAUGAAAGAACAAAAAACUAUAGAUGACGUGAAAAAAAUAUUUCCCUAUUUGAAGUGUAUAUCUCAUAUUACGAUAGCUUACAAAAGGCAUUUACCCUCGGUACUCAAAAGAGAUUUCGUAAAAUUGAUUCAUCAGAUUCUUGAAGUGCUGAGUGAAUCCGAAACAAACAUGUUAAGAAGUUUUACGUGGAAUGUUCGAGUUUCGCGAAACUUGGUCCAAAAAUUUCUGAAAGCCAACAUCCAUAAUUUAGAGGUGAUCACUAUCGAUUCAUUCCUUCGCAUAAAAAUCUCUGCAGAUUUCAACACUUUGCUACAAGAUGCUGAUAAUUUGAAAGAAUUCAAUUGUUACAUAAGGACUGACGAACAGCAAUCAUUUUUAUUGUCAACUUUGAAAUCCUUACCAAAAACGUUGAGGAUUUUAAGAAUAAACAUUCUGGAUAGUGUCUCUAAACCAAUAUCUGCUGAAUUAGUAUUCAAGCAUUUGAACCAUUUUCAAAAACUCGAUAAUUUGGUUUUGUACGGAUUGAAUUUUAAGUUUGAAAAUAAAACACGCCUUGAUACCACUGCAGUGAAUCUAAACCUUACCUUACUAGAAAGUAGUGUCGAUUACAGUUUUUUACCGAUCAAUCCAAAAUUAAAGCACUUGUUUCUCCAGGGUGGUCUCUUGACAAAUGAAAAUUUGGAUUUUAUAUUAAAAAAUUAUUCUUCGUUGCAGUCAAUACGAUUGGCUUACACAAGGAUAACCGACGCUCAAAUUGGUCGUUUAUCCGAGCUACGUCAAUUGAAAGGCCUGAGUUUAGCUCGCGCACCCAAUUGGACAGGGAGUACACUGAAGUUUUUCCCCAAUUUAGAAGAACUUGAUUUUUUACAAUGUUAUGGAUUAGAAGAACAUUUUUUAUUCGCUUGGCUGGAGAUCGCAAAAAACCUAAAAUACCUCAGUUUGAAUGUUAAAGAAAUCGAGUGGGAUUUAUUGCAAAAACAUUUGAUAAAAACUCAAAAAAGCAGAAUUCAUACAUUAACUAUUGUAUCAUGUCCAUAUGAGGGGAUGGAAUUUAAUAUGGUAUUAAAUAUGAUCUAAUUGUUGUUAUUGUAAAAAAAUUUUUUUGUUUGAUUUUGUUUUACUAAAAAAUACUAAAUUUAAUGAAAAUUUAAUUAUUUUCGUUUGUGGUAGUCUCGACAUGACAACAUAUUACAAAAGAUGUGGUGAUUAUUUUUUUUGAAAAGAUCAAAAAACGUAAGAUUGAAAGUCUUGUUUCUUUCGGUUGAAUUGUUCAAUCUUCAAUGCAUUGUGUGAAAUUCCUGAAAUAUAUUAAUUAAUUCUAAAUAUUUAUUGAUGAAUUUAAUAAAUUCAAAUUUAUUUCGUCAGGUAUAUCUUAUAAACGUUGUUUUAUUUCCACUUUAUAAAUGUCGAGUAUAUGUAAUGCGAUGUAAACAAAAUUUCAACUGCCGAAUCUAAAAGUAUACAUGAGAUCUGGAAUUAGAACAGUUGAGAUACAGUAGUAUCAGUAGUUAGAUGGUAAAUAAUUUUAAAUUGAAAGGUCAAGAGAUUUUACAAUGUCAGCUUCGGAAGAACAUAGACACGGAUGUGAUGAUUGUGGCAAGAUUUUCCUAACUAAAAAAAAAUUGGAGAAUCACGCGGAUGGUGUUCACUUGAAACAAAGAAAAUUUGUUUGCAACGAUUGCGAACAGUCUUUUGUCACGAAAGAACAUUUGAAUGAUCACGCUCUGAAUGUCCAUCCAAAAAUCCAAAAUUACACAUGUCACGUGUGUGGGAAGGUUUUUGGACGCAAAAGUAUCUUGAACCGACACAUUGCCGCAGUACAUGAAAAAAUCAAGGACCACAAAUGCGAAGAGUGUGGCAAUUGUUUUGCUCGGAACAGUACUUUGAUGGAGCACAUAGAUCGAGUUCAUUUAAAAAUCAAAAAAAAUAAGUGCGAAGAAUGUGACAAGCUUUUUGGACAUAAAGGUACUCUGAUCAGACACAUUAAAAGAGCUCAUCUGGAACUCAAAGAACACGAAUGCGAGAAGUGUGGCGCGCUUUUUUCACAACGAAGUUGUUUGAUGAGUCACAUAGAUAGAGUCCAUUUAAGAAUCAUAAAAGAAUAUAUGUGCGAAAAGUGUGGAAAAGUUUUUGGUUAUAAGAGAAGCUUGGCUGAGCACAUUGCAACAGUUCAUGAAAAAAUGAAGGACCACAAAUGCGAAGAGUGUGGCAAAUCUUUUGGAGGGAAAAGUGAUCUGAUGAAGCAUAUAGAUCAAGUUCAUUUAAAAAUCAAAGAUCACAAUUGCGGAGAGUGCGGCAAAUCGUUUGGACAAAAUAGUCAUCUGAUGAGUCAUAUCGAUGCAGUUCAUUUGAAACUUAAAGAACACAAAUGUUUCGAGUGUAGCAAGUCGUUUGGACAAAAGAGUGGUCUUUUGAAGCACAUAGAUGCCAUUCAUUUGAAACUUAAAGAACACAUGUGUGAGGAAUGUGGGAAAGCCUUUGGUGAAAGAAAGUGCUUGAAUCGACACAUUGAUACAAUCCACGAAAAAAUCAAAGAUCACAAAUGUGAAGAAUGUGAAAAGUCUUUUGGACAUAAGUGUAAUCUUAUGACACACAUCGACGUAGUUCAUUUGAAACUCAAAAAACACAUGUGUGAGGAAUGUGGGAAAGCCUUUGGCGAAAGAAAGUGCUUGAAUCGACACAUUGCCGCAGUUCAUGAAAAUAUCAAAGAUCAUAAAUACGAAGAAUGAAGCGAGUAAUUUUAUAAAACUCAUAGUUGUAGUUCAUCAACUUGAAGAACAAAUUUGUUAAGUAUUUGGAAAGCUUUUAUACUCUGACGCUGUUACAGGUCUUCGAUAUUAUAACCCUCACCUCUUCUCAUUUGAAAAUCACAAAUUACCGACCCUGCACACUGAUUCAGCGACUUAAAAAACACAAAAAAGGAUACUUUCCUAGUCCGCAAAUGCAAGAUUUUUUUUCUUUUGCUUACAAAAUAUUUUUUAUUCACUAAUAUUUUUUUAAAAUAAUGACAAAUCUAUUUCGUAAAUAAAGGCUACAGUAUAAAAUUA